AUAUACCGGGCAGCAACAAAUGUAAAUGUCCGCCUGGUCGUUUCAAUUUCUAUUCUGGGUUCCCAAGAAAAGUGUGUGUGCGUGUGUUUUUGUGUGUGGAAAUAUGCAAAGAUUUGCGUAAGUCGCGAGGCGUAAAAAAUAUUCAAAUUUCAUGUCGGAAUUACUGCACGCAUUCUUAAAUAAUCCAAUGCUGGCACAAGUGUGCAAAUAAUAAGGAGACUCGAGACUCAAAAGGCGACGCCAAGCGUUUGCUAAUAGGAUUACGCAUCACCUCCGCCGCUGACAGUUUCGGAGGAUUAGCAAGGAUCCACUCGAAAGCUUCAGCUUCCUCCCGAACCCCACGACUUCAAACAGACUCCCUGCCCGCUGGUCAUCAUGCUUACCAUGGUGGUGUGUUCGUUUCCCGCGUAGCUAGCGACAUCCCAUCCGACGUCCGGACAUCGCCCAGCUAUGUGGACCUACAUGAUGGCUGCCGCUCGCGGAGAUCGGGUCAACACGAUGAUGUCCACCCGGAGACGCCCCGAAACGGAGUCCCCCAAAUACGGUUACAACCUCUCCACUCGUCCCAUGUACCGAAUCACCAGAUUCGUGGGCCCCGCCUCCUCGGCGCCCGCCCAACUGCAGUUGCCCUGCGGCUCCCAUCAAGCAGUCAGCAUGGGCGGCAUGGCACCGCCACCGCUGGAGGAGAUUAGCGGCGGUCUGUUCGCACCCUUUGCGCCAACGGCGACGAUUACGGUCGAGCAGGCGGCCACCUCGAUACCGAUGGCCGUUGAGGGCGAGGUGCAUCAUCUCCACUAUCCGCCCAGGAGCUGGCAGCGCAGAUAUCGUCAGGGGAAUCAUCGCCAGGCGGAAGGGCAGACGGGUCAAGGGGCGGACGAGGACGAUGAUGACGAUGACGAGGAAGAUGAUGAUGAUGAUGAUGAGGAUGAGGAGGAGUUUAGAGAGGCUGGAGGCGAGGAUAACCCGGAGGAGGCCAUUGCAAGGGCUGACCAGCAGCACCAUCAGCAAAAACACCACCAUCACCAUCAACCGCAUGCCAGUGAUCCCAGUUAUGUGGAAAAUGGCAGGAAGCUGAUACAGGAACCUAGCAAACAUAGCAAGCCAUCGGCUUUGAGACGCACCCUUCAAGCCCUUCGCCAGCGUCUGACUAAAAGGAAUCGCCCCAAACCGCCGGAUUGGUUCCUCGAGAAGUUCUCCAACACCACCAACACGGACAAGAUUGGCAAGGGAUGUCCGACCAUGGAGGAUGCGGCCCUCUCCAGCGAAAUUCGAGGCUCCAGUGUCCUGUGCAAUCGUCUCUCCGUGGAUCCCACUCUGCAGUCGCAUUACAGGUGGCUGGCCAUCGUCUCGCUGGCGGUGCUGUACAACAUCAUCUUCGUGGUCGGACGGGCCGUCUUCUGGGAGAUCAACAAGAGCGCACCGGCGGUGUGGUACACACUGGACUACCUCUGCGACUUCAUCUAUCUGCUGGAUACGCUCGUCCACAUGCACGAGGGAUUCCUGGACCAGGGGCUCCUCGUGCGGGACGCAUACCGGCUGCGCAGUCACUACUUCCAUACGAAGGGCUGGUAUCUGGACGUGCUAUCGAUGUUGCCCACGGACCUGGCCUACAUCUGGUGGCCACCGGAGACCUGCUCCAGCCUGUACCUGCCAUGUCCCGUCAUCGUACGCCUGAACCGCCUCCUGAGGAUUAAUAGGCUGUGGGAGUGGUUUGAUCGAACGGAGACGGCCACUGGAUAUCCGAAUGCCUUCCGCAUCUGCAAGGUGGUCCUGGCCAUCCUGGUGCUGAUUCACUGGAAUGCCUGCAUGUACUUUGCCAUCAGCUACGAGAUCGGAUUCAGCUCGGACUCGUGGGUCUAUAAUUUGAAUGGAACGCGGAACAACACGCUCCAGCGGCAGUACAUCUACAGCUUCUACUGGUCCACACUGACACUGACCACCAUUGGAGAGACUCCGACGCCGGAGAACGAUGUGGAGUAUCUGUUCGUGGUGGCCGAUUUCCUGGCGGGAGUUCUCAUCUUUGCCACCAUUGUGGGUAACAUUGGCUCCAUGAUCUCCAACAUGAACGUGGCCCGCGUGGAGUUUCAGAAUCGCAUGGACGGCGUAAAACAGUACAUGGCCUUCCGGCGCGUGGGACACGAGUUGGAGGCCCGUGUUAUACGAUGGUUCGCCUACACUUGGUCGCAGAGUGGCGCCCUCGACGAGGAGCGAGUCCUGGCCGCUCUGCCCGAUAAGCUGAAGGCGGAGAUAGCCAUCCAGGUGCACAUGGACACACUGAAGCAGGUGCGGAUCUUCCACGACACGGAACCGGGUCUCCUGGAGGCUCUGGUGCUGAAGCUCAAGCUGCAGGUCUUCAGUCCCGGCGACUAUAUCUGCCGGAAGGGUGACGUGGGCAAGGAGAUGUAUAUUGUGAAGCGCGGAAAGCUCUCGGUCGUGGGAGACGAUGGCAUCACCGUGCUGGCCACCCUGGGUGCUGGUUCCGUGUUCGGUGAGGUUUCCGUGCUGGAGAUAGCCGGCAAUCGGACGGGCAACCGAAGGACGGCCAACGUGCGAUCCCUGGGCUACUCGGAUCUGUUCUGUCUGGCGAAGCGGGAUUUGUGGGAGACGUUGGCCGAUUAUCCGGAGGCGAGAUCCACGCUCACUCAGCGUGGAUGCCAGCUGCUGCGCAAGGAUGGGCUCUUGGAUGAGCAGAUAUUUGCUGACUCCCAACGAGUCCACGACAGCAUUGAGGGCGGCAUUGAGAAGCUUGAGCUCUCCGUGGAGAACCUAAACAUGCGGCUGGCCCGUCUGCUGGCGGAGUACACGGCCAGCCAGGCCAAGAUCAAGCAGCGUUUGGCCAAGCUGGAGAUGAAUGGAGGUCCUGGCACGUGGCGGCUAGAGUGCGAGCCACAGACGCGAGUACGCAGCGGACGACUUUAUUCGCUGCAGCCGAAGCGGCGCCCACGUUCGCGACCCGAUGCCACUGCCAAAAGCGGCGAGGCUGCCAAACAGAACACGCUCUAAGCCCCGGGUGAAGCCCCGGGAAAAACCCCCAACCCAACACCCAACCCUUUAGCCCGUCCCGAGGCCGGAAAAUAGUGAUAAAUGCAUUAAACUUGCAGGAGUAUAACCUUUGGCCCCGGGCCAAACUUUCCAUGAAUCUGUUUUUUGCCGGGCAAAGGUAACGUUAAAUCAAUUUUUAAUUUUUACAAUUAGUUACGUUAGGGUGCCAGCGAAGCGGAAGGGUGCAGACUUUAUAAAUUUGUAAAAUGAUUCAAAACUGAAUGUGCCUCAAAAAACAGUGUGUGCGUGUGUGUGUGCGAGUAGAGCUAGGUUAAGGGGAGGAACAGAUGGGGAGGAAGGCAAAAAGAGAGAAAGAAAGUUAACCCACUACGAUCCAGUGUACAUAUUUUAAGCAUAGUCCAAUUUUACAUGCGAACAGCGAAUGUUUGCCUAGGCUAGGAUGUUUUUACACAAGCACCAAGGACACACAUACCGAAUUAAGUGCACCAAAAAUCAGAUCAAGAUCAGCCAACACAACAAACUGACCAAACCGUAGACAUUGCUGAAACUACUUAGGAGAAGGGAGACAGAGUGGAGACAGGUUAGGGGAUAAGGCAGCAGGAUUAGAUGGCAUCAAACCGAACAAAUCGAAUUCAAAGAAAGCAAAUGUUAACAAGCUUCCAAAGCUUCCAAGCCAAGGCAAAUAGCAACACGAGGGGGGGAAAACAACAAGAAAAACAAGAAACAAAAACAAGAAACACAAAAACAACAAGCAAAAAGAUAAACAAAUGAAAUGUAUUUUUAUAUUAGUCCUAGACAUUGAAUGUACGAUGUAUUGUCUAUGUGUAAGUACGGCUAA